UCAACAUUUAAUUAAAGCAAGUGAACAAAUGGAAUGUUGUUCUUAUUUACUCCCGACCCGCCAGGUUGGUGGGGAGAGUAAUUAACCAGUGCUCUCUCUGAUCCUUCUCCAUGACUGAGGUGCCCGAGCAUGGUACCGUCCCGCCGCACUGCUCCUUUUCGUGUGUCAUGGGGGGCCGCCCCCUUGCACUGGGAGGUCUGUCCGCCAUGAGGCUGUACUGGGGAGCAGUCAUCAGAUCAGCCUUAGCGGUUGUCAUCUUUAUUGGCCUUUAUGUAUCAGUUGCCUGGAAGACAAGUAGGCCUAUGGAUACAAGAGACAUUGAGCAGGGCUCCCGCAGUUGGCUGCUGACCUCACAGAUCUCCAACUCUUUACCUCUUAAUGUCACCAUCGAGCUCAUUCUAGGCGUCUUUCUGCCUGAGAAAAAGUACCUCACAGUCGGCCUUUCUUCAGUGAAGAGAAAAAGAGAGGGCUACCUAAUGGAAACCCUUCGCUCCAUCUUUUCCCAAUCGACAAAGCAGGAACUCUCCGAGAUGGUGGUGGUGGUCUUCCUGGCCGACUUCGACAAGGACUGGGUGUACGCCACAGCCCAAGAAAUCUCUGCCUCGUUCAACGAUCACGUGACACAGGGCCAGCUCCUGGUCGCCCACGUGUCCCGGGACUUCUACCCGCCCCUGACGGGCCUCAAGAGGAACUUCAACGACGCUCCAGACCGCGUCACCUACCGCUCCAAGCAGAACGUGGACUACUCCUACCUGGUCCACCUCAGCGCCAACCUCUCGCAGUACUACCUCAUGCUGGAGGAUGACGUGCUCUGCUCCAAGAGGUUCCUGUCCUCCAUCCGCCAGCACGUGCUGCAGAUGGGCAGCAAGCGCUGGACCACCCUGGAGUUCUCCAAGUUGGGCUACAUCGGGAAGCUGUACCAUUCGUCCGACCUGCCUUUGCUGGCACGCUUCCUGUAUCUAUUCUACCAGGAGAUGCCGUGUGACUUCCUGCUCACCCACUUCCGCACGCUGCUCAUGCAGGACAAGGUGAUACGCAUGAAGCCCUCCUUGUUCCAGCACAUAGGCAAGUUCUCAUCCUUCCAGGGUACCUACAACAAACUCAAGGACGAGGACUUUCAGGAGGAGCCCAGCGACAAUCCACCUGCGACCGUGGUGACCAACAUAGUCGCCUACGCCAAACACCCACCCGAGAACGCCUACAGUCAAGGCACAGACUUCUUCUGGGGCAAGUCCCCCAAGAAGGGAGAUUAUCUCCUGGUGGUCUUUCAGACGCCUCUGUUUCUCUCUCGAGUGUCUGUUAAGACUGGAGAGGAGCAGAAGGACAUCCUCCAGAGUGCCACGCUUCUAGUAGGGCACAGAGGCCCAGAUUCGCACUCCAAAUGCUCAGACUUCCACAGCCUGGGCUCAUUUCAAGCCGGAAGGUUUGAGAUGGAAGACUUAAACCAGGAAGUGAAGUCCACCGUGACCUGUUUGAAAAUUGAAGUCACAGAGGAGCAACGUGACUGGGUCAAGAUACCAAACAUUCAGGACUGCGAAUGACCACUAGAUGGACCCCUUGCAGACCAACACAACCUAGUGGAAUAACGCCAGUUCACCCUCAGACAGUGAUGAGUUAAACAGACUAAAAUGUAAGUGAUUGAUUUUUUUUCUGGUUAUCUUUUUCAAAUGUUGAGAUUGUGUGAUCACACCAUGUUGCUCAGCAGCACAAACAGGUAUGCAUUUAUUUAAGUGCCUUACUAUUAAUGCCAAUGUGUGCUGUUUUGUGAAAGCAUCCCUACUGGUAACAUUUGCACUAUCCAGAAACCACUUUAUGAUGUUUACAGUAACUUAAAGAAAAACCCAGUCUGAAAUUUGUUGCACAUCUGCACAUCAGCACAAAAUCUGUAAUUGAUUGAUAGCAGAUUAUAGCUUACCCUCGGCACGUGCAUGCAAAGCACAUUCAGUAAAAUGUCCCUCACAGAAAAGGGCCCGGUGGUCGUGUUUCUACGUGACCUAGUUUACUAGGGGACCACUCAUCAUAUUACAUGUGCUCUGACCAGUGGCAGGGGGCAAUGCCAAGACCAACACUUGACUGAUGACACAGUCAUACUGUAUCAACAUCAGUCAUGACUGAUCACAGUGCUAAAUCCAAUUGAUUUUAAUUGGCUAUGUUUGUGAUGCUCCUUUUUUCUUUUCUAUACAAAAAAUGGUUUGAGGUACAUAAGCUACUGACUCAGAGCUAUUUUAACUUUUAACUGUGUCUGAUGUUUUUUUGUAGUUGUUGUUGUUGAUGGUGGUGGUUGAUGUGAGUGCAGCGGUGUUCAUGAAGCGUGAAUCUGUGUAAUUUAAAGAGUAAUUUAUGAAUUAUUUAUGGCGAGAAUGAUCUUUGUAUUUGCUGUAGUUUAUGUUGAUGCCAUUUACAGUACCUACAAUUCAUUUUUUUUUACUUUAUUCUAAUACUGCUAGUGAUACACAGUUGAAAAAAAAAAUACAUAUCACAGAAAACAAAUUGUCUGACUCUGAAAUUGAAGCACUUUAGGCAGAGAGAGUAGAGAGAGAGAGGUUCCAUUGGCCCAUUGUUUCCGGGUUCUAUUAUUGGGGGGGAAAUCCCCCUUUAGGCAGACCUAGGCAGACCUGAGGACUGUUCUAUUCAAUGCUAGGAGCAUUAUGACACGCCCCUUUAGGCAGACCGGAAC